UAAAUAAUAGAUAGGAUUAUUUUGGAACUAAAAUGAAUAGCUUAAAAUUUCUAAAUUUCAAAACGACAAUAAAAUUCUGUAAUGAGAGAAGUGCAUUACUUCAGUCAAUACGAAGAGGUGGAGUGUUCAAGCGAUCGCCUGCUUUAAAGUUGCAAGCUGCUGCGCUGCAAGAUUUGUAUACGAAUUUUUUUGAUAACCGAACUGAACUGAGCGUAGAGGAGUGGCAAGAUGCUAAACAAGCACUUGUAAAUAAUAACAAAUAUAUAUCAUCAAAUAACGUAGAUGCUAUGAUGAUUGGUUUAUUUAAAUACGGACACCAGCUUCCAUUAGCCAAAGAUUACUUGAAGUACUUGAAGAAGAUCAAUGUUGAACCCAAUGUGGCAACCCUCGGGCGACUCUUACGAGUUUACAAUACAGCUUAUCAUGAACGAGGUGGUUCCAUUGAUUCGCUGACAACAGAAGAACAAAAUGAAAUUUUAUCAAUAUAUAAACACUUCAGAAGCAAGCAUGACGUGUUUGACACCACCACUUGUGAAAACCUUAUACAUGGGCUUGUGGCCACAGAGCGAUUUGGCGACUGUAAGGAGUUGAUUGAAAUGGCGAAACUUACAGCAGUGCCAACGGUAGCAGCGUAUUCCGAAGUAGCUGUCAAAGCUUUUAGCACAAAUGAUAUGUCAUAUGGUUGGCAAAUAUUGGAUGAGAUGGUCACAGCGGGCAAGCAGCCAAGAUGUGAAGUAUUCAUUGCUUACAUUGAACAAAUAACAAAGAAUUCAGACAAGAGUUUCCAGCAUGAAUUUGAGAAAUUGUUAGAGUUUUUUGGACAGCAUGAUAUCAUCAUAAGUGAGAAAGUAGUUGAUUACAUCACGAGCCUAGAGAACAAAAAUUUGCUUAGCAUUACAAAAUCUAAACUUAGCCGCUCGGGCAAAUGUAGAAACUGCAAUAAUCAAAUGGAAAAUAUUUCUGUCAGUGCUGCAGAUUUUGCUAAGCUUAGUAAUUCGUUUUUAAAUAAAGUUCUGAUUAGAAAUGAUGUUUUUCAAAAAUCGACGCCUCAGGAAGUUGACAGAUUUAAAGCAUUCGUUGCCGAAACCGCACCGUACGAUUGUGUCAUUGACGGACUCAAUGUUGCAUACUCAAUGGGUAUCAAGAAAUCCCCGGCUAUGUUGGCUAACUUGGUUACUAAUGUGGUGAAAUAUUUCAGUAGCCAAAACAAGCAUGUCCUGAUACUAGGCCGAAAGCAUAUGCAGAAUUGGUCAAAGACAUCCUGGAAUUACAUAUACAAAAAUGCUAGUGUGUUUCUAACAAAUAAUCUAACACAUGAUGAUCCAUUUUUAUUGUAUGCUACACUGAAGAGCGGCCACCACACUGAUUUCUUCUCGCGGGAUUUAAUGCGUACACACUCUUUUUUACUGGGGGCUGAACUGCGACCAAUUUUUAGACGUUGGCAACAGGAACACCAAUAUUCUUUAGUUACCCAAACUGAAAGUGGAAAAAUAAUAGUUAAGAAACAACUCUCUACAAUAUUGGAAACGUCAGAGCACGGCACUACUCAAGGAACACAUUCCACUGGUACAUCAACCAAAUCGACAAUAAGUUCGCCAGAUUUUGAGAACGAAAAUCAACCAAACACAGCAACACGGCCGCUUCACACAGACUUGGAAACGGUUUUCGAACGAUCUCAAGAAGUAUCUGGAACCAAUUCCAAGGAAAAUAUUUUAUUGUCAAAUGUGAAUUUAGACACUAAAAGCAUUUCAUCAACAACAACAACAAAUAAGCACCCCGCAAUUGAAAACAUCGACUAUAAGCAAUCAAAAUACUCACCAAGCAAGGUACCAACAACACCUGCUGCAACAAGACUUCAUAACUUAAGAAGUAAUGUGUCCGUGCUUGACGAGUUUGCGGAAGAGUGCGAAAUCAAAGAAGCAGGCAAUUUCUCCAGAUUGAUGCAAUGUGAAGACACAGCACCGAAUAUUGCGAUGCGUACGGUGCGUUUCCAAGAUGACAAAACGGAAACUGUACCUACGUUGUUGGUAUCAGCACCGAACCGAGUUCAAUUUCAAGAAGACAAAACUGAAACUAUCUCUAAAAUGUUGAUUCAACCUGUCGCUACUGAUCAGAAACCAGAAGAAGAUAAGCUAAAUAAUUCAUUACAAAUGAUAUUCUUACCUCCCAAACCGAUACGAUUUGAAGACGAGUACACCGAAACCAUGCCUAAAUUAAUGUUUAAAUCGCAUGAUACCAACAACGCUAGCAUUGAUGAUUCAUUUCAGUUUUUCGUUAAAACACCUCCGGCCAUUGAAAAAUCGUUAGUAAAACAAAAUCAACAACUUGGAAUUACAAAACAAAUCUCUACCGUAAAACAUCCAUCCCCCUUGGUUCCAAAAUCGAAACGAUUUUGCGAUAUUGACACACCUGAGGUACAAACUAAUUUAAUGUUUGCUCAAAAGCCCAAGGAGAACACGAAAAAAACUAUGCUGCUAUUUGAGGAUGAAAUAAGUGAUAAAAGCAUGAAAUUACCUAAAGAUGCACUCCUCUCCUUUCGAAAAUCGUCCAAUAUAUCAUCAAAAAAUAUUUUAGAAGACUCAUUCCUACCUGACUUUUCUAUAAUUGCGGAAACACAGCCGAAGUUAGUUCAAAACAAGGAUAAACUGCUAAUUGGAUCAAGUCAUCGAACUGAAAUAACUAAACCUGAACAAGACGAUUCUCUUUUAUCCAACCUUUCAUUUAUUUCAGAAACACAACCAACAGCAAAUCCACAAAAGGAAAACACAAAAAACGAAAAAUCAGAAGCAGCCAAUUUAACAGGAGCUACAACGAAUAUAUCAGUUAAAAGAAUUGGUGCAAACAUCAGUGCAAACCAACACCAAGUGGACAACACAAAUCGGAAACAUGAAACAAUUGUUUCUGGAGAUUCUUUCAUGCACGACUUUUCCAUCGGGGAUAAUAGACCAUUACAAGUCUCUACAAAGUCUCAGAAUAUAUCGAAUUCAUUCUUCCAUUUAAACAAAUCAGAAACGAAAGACUCGAAUGCAAGCUCAUUUAUUAAACCGAAAUCACAGCUUCAGUUCCGAAAUACACAAAAUAAUACUCAUGAAAUGCAGGAUUUGUCAGUAGUUUUAAACUCUCAGCCACAGAAAGAAAACCUCAAAGCCUUCAGCUCUGGAGGUAGUACGUUGAAAUUUUUGAGCAAACCUUCACCAAAAGUUCCGACAAAAACAAAUUACGAAAACUCCCAGAGUAAUUUAAAUUUUUUAGAAAAACCUAAGACAGAUCUUAAUUCAGAGUGUAAGGAACCACAAAAACAAACUUCAAAAAAUAGUGAUUUGGAUGAUUUUUUCGAGCUGAACGCAGAAACUGCAUUAUUCUCAACGAAUAUAAGCUUAAUUAAAAACUCUACUUUGGUUUCGAAUUAUCCGCAAAAGACUACACUAGAACAAACUCAUGAGAUUAGAAGGCAAGUAACGCAAGACUGCAAAAAAUCUAAGCAGAGCUUUUUAAAGCAACCGUCAUCAUUUGUACAAGAUACAGUUGGCAAUAGAUCGAAUUUAAACGCAACAGAAAAAUCCCCAGCGGAAAAGCAUCGGACAUCGACUGCAUCCACAAAUAAACCUGCUACAAAUUACGAAAACGCCGCUAGCGCUUUGGGAAUAGGUGACUAUUUCAAUAAGGAGAAACUCAACUUAAGUAAUGAAUAUGACGAUGAAAUGAGUAUUUACUUCAAGAAUACACCCAGAACUCCCAAAAAUACCGUACAUGUAUGGAGAGAUUCUUUGGAUAAGUCUGAUAAUAAUUCCUUUGUACACCGGCAAUGCGAUCUAAAUCAAACCAAUCAGCUGGUGGAAAGGUUUUGUGUAGAUCCGAAUGUUAAUCCUUUUAAUGUGGAAUUAAUAAACGCUUUUCUAGAUCAAAUUGAUUUAAUAACGUUUUUAAAAGACUUGCAAACUUGUAGAAUGGUAGGUUGUGUCCCCUGCAUAAAACCAAACACAACGAUUGAAAUCAAUGGCGUUCAUUUUCAAAUUUCGAAACUUAUCGGUGAAGGAGCAUAUGGCGCUGUGUAUAAGGGUAUUGACACUAAAACUGGUGAUAAAUAUGCGCUUAAACAGGAACGGCCACCAAACUACUGGGAAUAUUAUAUUUGCUUGGAGCUACAAAGUCGUAUUACAUCAGAAAAUAUGUUAAAUGCGUACAUGAAGAUUGAAUUUUCUCUAAUCGGCAAUAACUCAAGUGUAUUAGUAUCCAAAUUUUCGGACUAUGGUUCACUGAUAAAUGUUUGCAAUAAAGUUAAAAAGUCAACUAUGAAAAAUGUGGACGAGUAUGUAGUGAUGUACCUGACAUGUGAACUUUUGGAAAUCAUGGAUCACCUGCACGCUGCUAACAUCAUCCACGCAGAUAUUAAACCUGAUAAUAUACUGUUAAUGAAUAAGUUGACAUAUCCAGCGAAGCAAUGUUGCCUGCAACUGAUCGACUUUGGUGUUUCGAUCGAUAUGCAGCUUUUUAAACCUGGGCAGACAUUCAGUUAUGUGCACAAUAAUAAUGCAUUCAAUUGUGUGGAAAUGCGUGACAAACGUCCAUGGACUUAUCAAUUGGAUUUGUAUGGCUUAGCGGGAGUGAUACAUGUAUUGCUCUUUGGUAAAUAUAUGGAAGUAGAAAAACGAUCCGAUUAUAUCUGGAUGCAUAAAACGCAUGUGCCGCGUUAUUUCAAUAAAAUCUUAUGGGAAACUAUCUUCAGGGAACUGCUGAACGUGCGCGAUUGCAACUCAAUGCCUAACUUGCAACAAUUACGUGCAAUUAUUAAGAGGGAAAUAAUAGAAAAGGAGAAGUUUGUUAUCAAUAAAAUAGCAGAGUUCAACAAAGCAUUAUCUUCAUAAAAUUUAAAACCGUACAUAUAUUAAUAUAAUUUAUUAUUUUCAUUAAUUAAUCAUUUAUAGAUUUUUGCA